AAGAGCUUCAUCUUUACACUUCUAUUAAUCUGUAACCUUUUUUGUUCAUGUUAUAUAAUGUUAAAACCUAAUCUUAACUCAUCUGCAAAAUGUUGAUUGUUUCACUGCUUAUAUAUUUUUUCUUAAUUCUAGGAAGUUUGGGACGUUAAACUAAGACUGGACUUUGCAGGUGACUCAGAAAGGUUUGAAAAUAAGUCUGUUAUGCAGUAACUAUAACAGAGAGGGAAAGCAAAGAGAAGCAACUGCUUGCAAGAGACAACAGACGAACUUUGCUCCCUAGUCAGAGACUGCUUUGUGGGGGAGAUCAGAAAAACUACAAGGGACGACAGAUAAGAAAUAGUAUUUGAAAAGACAUUUCAAUGGCGUACCGACUUUUUGAAGGAAAGGAACAUGCUUCCAUCUAUCAGCAGUAUCGUUUCACUCCUCCCUCUGGCCUCAAGGAUAUCAUUAUUCAGUACUUGGACAAAAAGAAAGGACGGCCACAUCUGCUUGCUGUAGAUCUGGGAUGUGGGACGGGUCAGCACAGUCGGCUGCUUGCACCGCACUUCAAAGAAGUGGUCGGCAUUGAUAUCAGCGAUUGCCAGCUGGAGGAGGCCCGGGCCGUGCCAGGAUACACUAACAUCACAUAUCGUAAAGGGACAGCAGAAGAGCUUCCUUUUGAGAACGGCACUGUAGACUUGUUAACAGCAGCUUCUGCAGCACACUGGUUUGACCAGUCCAAGUUUCUACUUGAGGCCAAUCGGGUCCUUAAACCAAGGGGCUGCAUGGCUCUGCUGGGCUUUGCAGACAAUAACAUCAGAUUCACCUAUAAGGAUUGUGGAGAAAAACUAAAUGGCAUCUACCAGGAGGUAAAGGAGUUGCUGCGACCCUACACAAGCAACCCAGUUGCUGUAUCAGAGAGUAAACUGGAAAGCCUGUACUCUGCCAUACCUUUUCCUGACAAGGAGAGAUCCAACAGGAUUGAGAGUUUUCCGAGCAAAUCCAUGAUCUCAGUCAGAAGGUUGGUGGGUUUUAUUAGCAGUUGGUCAAUGUACAAUUCAUUCAAGAGAGAAAACCCUCAAGGAGCUGAAGACCUGCUGACUAACUUUCAAAAGCGGUUCCUGGAUGAAAUGGGUGUCACUUCUGUUGAUACUGAAAUAGAGCGGGAGUGGCAAUAUUUCUGCAUCCUGGCUUCAAAGCCCCUAUAAUCAACAGCACAGCUUGGAUACAUGUUUAACAAGAAAAUCACUCAGAGACCCUCGAAAGAGAA